GGCGCAGCGGGGCGCUCGGUCUCCGCGGUUACGGGAGUGGAGCUGCGUCGGGAGAAUGGCGCCGGGCGGUGUUGCGCUGUCGUUUCUGCUGCUCGCCUUGACCUGCCUGGGCGCCAUCGGCCAGGGCUUGGCCGACAAGCGGCUGAAGAUGCAGUACGUCACCGGGCCGGUGCUGCGCUUCCAGAUCUGUAUCUCCUGAGGAUACAGAAGGGUGUUUGAGGAGUAUACGCGGGUUAUAAGCCAGCGAUAUCCCGACAUCCGUAUUGAAGGAGAAAAUUACCUUCCACAACCUAUCUACAGACACGUAGCAUCCUUUCUGUCAGUCUUCAAGCUGGUCUUAAUAGGACUAAUUAUAGUCGGUAAAGAUCCCUUUCCUAGUUUGGGCAUGGAAGCACCUAGUAUCUGGCAUUGGAGUCAGCAGAACAAGAUCUAUGCAUGCAUGAUGGUGUUCUUCCUUAGUAACAUGAUUGAAAAUCAGUGUAUGUCCACUGGUGCAUUUGAGAUUACAUUAAAUGAUGUUCCAGUGUGGUCCAAGCUAGAAUCUGGCCAUCUUCCAUCCAUGCAGCAACUUGUGCAGAUUCUCGACAAUGAAAUGAAGCUCAAUGUACACAUGGAUUCAAUCCCACUUCAUCGGUCUUAGCUAAAUCUCCAGCAUUGGCAAGGCUUUUCCGUAUUUGAGAGGAUAUUUUCUGAGAAUGGUAAGACUGAUGACUAUGAAGGACUGCACUUAAAGCAGCACUGACUGUUUGUGCAGACUGGAUUUUCCCCACAUCAGACCUACUGAACCUUUGAAAAUUCCUCUUAAAAAUGGAAAAGACUUCAAUGCUCUGCUACACUGAUUCUGUUCGCCCUGUAGUGUACUGCACAUAUAUCAGAUUGUAAUAUGAACAUAGUUUUUUUAUAUGUAAUUUAAUAUGACUUUGUGGAGGCAUUUCAAGAAAUGACAAGUGACAAAUAACAGUUCUGUUAUUUUGUGUUUUUAAAUGAGUGAUAUACUAUAAAUUUUGUUUGAUAUUGUACUUUAGAAAUAUAUUAAUUUAAUUGUGGGUACAUUUUUAACCUGAAACCUUCAUAAAAAUCUAUUUGCGCUCGUGUAGAAGUCGAAAAUUUAGCAUUAGUACUCCGUACUAAUGUUGUUAAAUUGGAACCAUACACUGAAAUAUUUGCCAACAAAUAAAAAAAUUUUUCUCCCUAUCCUCACACUUUCAAGUUUAUGGCAAUAUGAAGCUUAACUUGGAGAGUACAAUAUCAUUGGUUUAGCGGAUAUAACCAACUGGGUAGGAAGUUUUCCCUGAAAGUUAGUUAAAACUGCCUUCAGUUAUAAUUAAAAUGCUAAUAUGUCAGUGCAAUUACUAAGUGAUGAAUGUUGAAGCAAAAGUUUAAAAAGAUGGAGGGGGAGGGUCCUGAAGGAACACUGGUUCCUCAAACCUGAUUAGAUAAUAAACCUUUGAUAGCCUUUAAUUAUAAAGUGGACACUGAAUUCAUUAGUAAGGGUGAUGGGAGAGGGAGAGUUCUUACAUGGUCAAGUUUAAUUUGAAAUAAUGUUUUUGGUCAAAUUCAUGUUACUGCCAAAUUUUAGGAUUAUUGUUUGAUUAUUUGUAGGGUAACUUUUUUUGUUAACCAUUCAUAUUUCUUUCUUUUUUGACCUGAUUUGUGUUCUAUGUUUUGGUGGAAAUUGAGACAUUUACAUACCUUGAAGGAUGCACUGUGGUAACAUUUGAGGUGAUGUAUACAGCCUGGUUAAAUAUUUCUAAUAAUCCUGAUAACUGUCUAUCUGCAAAGGUCUCUGUGAGCCUGCUCUAUUAAAUAGAUAUUUAUCAAA